CAGCAGGAUCACCACAGUCCCGCCACCCUCCUGCAGCACUGGAGCACAGGGCUCUGAGUGGCUCUGCAUGGCUGCCCGUGUGCGUCACAGUGCAAGGCAAUGCAUACCAGCUUCACACUCUAUCUCGAUGAGGAAGGGAGUGGAGGGUGGGGAA